AUGCUCCCCGCCCGCAUCGCUCAAUUCACCCGCGGCUGCAUCGCCACUCAGCGACCUCGCUGCGCUGCGGCAGCAGUCCGCAUCAACCCCCGCUUCUUCUCCGGUUCUUCGGCCCAGCUCCAGAGCAUUACGCUCCAGGUCCAAGGUACCGGCACCGGCACGAAGCAGACCGUCUCGGUCAAGGGAAAGCCCUAUACUUUCCCGACGGACACGUACACCGUUCUCGGCGGGUCCGACUCAGCGCCUUCACCCGUUGCGUACUCCCUUGCGAGCCUGGGCUCUUGUAACCAGGUCACCGGCUUUGUGGUCGCGCGGGAUCACGGCAUCACGCUUGGGGAAUGGCAGGUGACGGUCGAGGGCGUGCUGCCCACGGCCGUGCUGGUGCAGGGAGAGCAGGGUAACCCCAACUGGGAGAGUGUUGUACUUAGCGUGCAGGUGCAGACGGACAUCAAGGGUGGGAGCGAGAGCGCCGAGUUCCAGCACUUCAUCUCCGAGGUUGAUCGCCGCUGCCCGAUCACACAGCUUUUCAAACGAAGCGGUGUCGUGGUGACAAGCGAGUGGACAAACCUCCCUCUUUAA